UCCAGCUCUGCCCUAUUGUUCUCCCUUCCCUCGCGUCCUCCCUCCGCUCGCCUCCAUCCCUCCCUCCUCCUCUUCGCCGUCCCUCCCGCCGGGCUCCCCGGAGCUGAUGUCACGCUCCCGCUGAAGGCGCGGGCGAUCAUGGCUGCUGCGGCCGUGGCCGUGCCGCCGGCCUCCAGCUAAUGCCUGCGAUGGAGCCGGCGAGCCUGCUGCGGUUCCUGCGGAAGCUCAAGGAGGUUUUCGAUGUGUGCGACGAGGAUGCGGACGGCUUCAUCCGGGUGGAGCACUUCGUCGCCCUGGGGCUGCAGUUCGGCCAAGGCGAUGAGGUGGAAAAACUGGCAAAGUACUUGGACCCAAACGAUUUGGGAAGAAUCAAUUUUAAGGACUUCUGUCAUGGAGUUUUUGCUAUCAAAGGCUGUGAAGAGUUACUAAAAGAUGUCCUGUCUCCUGAAAACUCUGGUCCUCGACACUAUGAGCCACAGUAUGUUGAUUACUAUUACCAGGGUGGUGAAAUCCCGGACUGUGCCUACUUGGACAGCGAAAGCGCCUACAUCGAGUCAGAGCUCUUUCCUGAUGACUACACGAUGACUCUAGCACAGCAAGAGGUUCACCAUGAGUCUGACAUGGACAGUGCUAUUGAGAGUGCCCAGAGCUCGGAGGCCUCCGAUGUGUGUCGGAGUGAGGAGAAGGACAGUGUGCUCGGUGGCCUGUUUCUGCCCGGUGACAAGUCAAGUCCUCACAACCCUUCUGCAGCAUCUGACCUCUCAACCUAUUCUACCGCCUCUCUGAUCAGUAAUGAAGAACAGUUUGAAGACUAUGGGGAAGGAGAUGAUGUGGAUUUUACUCCCAGUAGCCCAUGCCCUGAUGAUGAGACCAGAACCAACGCCUACUCUGACCUUGGCUCAUCUGUAUCUUCCAGUGCUGGCCAAACACCCCGAAAAAUGAGGCAUGUUUAUAACAGCGAGUUACUGGAUGUUUACUGCUCCCAGUGCUGCAAAAAGAUAAAUCUACUCAACGAUUUGGAAGCCAGGCUGAAAAACUUGAAAGCAAACAGCCCUAACAGGAAAAUAUCAAGCACAGCCUUUGGAAGACAACUCUUCCACAACAGUAACUUCAGCAGCAGUAAUGGCAGCACAGAAGACCUGUUCAGAGACAGUAUAGACUCCUGUGAUAAUGAUAUAACCGAAAAGGUAACAUACCUAGAGAAAAAGGUGACUGAACUGGAGAACGAUAGCCUGACAAAUGGUGACCUGAAGAGCAAACUGAAACAAGAGAACACACAGCUAGUUCACAGAGUUCAUGAGCUAGAAGAGCUAUUGAAAGACCAAGAGACAUCAGCAGAACAGACUCUGGAAGAAGAGAUAAAGAGACAUAGAGAAGCAUAUAGCAAGUAUGAAAAAGAGAAAGGCACUGAAAUUGAACUGCUAAAUACAAGGGUUCAGCAACUGGAAGAAGAAAACGGUGAGCUGAAAAGCACUGUCACCCGACUGAAAUCACAAACUGAGAGAUUAGAUGAGGAAAGGCAACGGAUGUCAGACAGGUUGGAAGACACCAGCCUGCGCCUGAAGGAUGAGAUGGAUCUGUACAAGAGGAUGAUGGACAAGCUGCGGCAGAACAGACUGGAAUUCAACAAGGAGAGGGAAGCCACACAGGAGCUCAUUGAAGACUUGCGGAAAGAACUGGAGCACUUGCAGCUGUACAAGCUGGAAUGUGAGCGUCCUGGACGUGGGAGAAGUUCUUCAUCCAGCCUGAGUGAAUUCAAUGCCAAAACCAGAGAGGUGGAAAUGGAGCAUGAAAUAAAACGGCUGAAGCAGGAGAAUCAGAAACUUCGUGACCAAAAUGAUGAUCUUAAUGGACAGAUUCUAAGUCUUAGUCUUUAUGAAGCUAAAAAUCUCUUUGCAACGCAAACAAAAGCCCAGUCACUGGCUGCUGAAAUUGAUUCUGCAUCAAGAGAUGAGCUCAUGGAAGCCCUUAAAGAACAGGAAGAGAUAAAUUACAGGUUGCGACAGUAUAUGGACAAGAUAAUUUUGGCAAUCCUAGACCACAACCCAUCUAUCUUGGAAAUAAAGAAUUGAAAAGCAUAUGAGAAGGAAAAGCAGCAACUGCCUGAUAUUUCUGCACAUACCACUGGAUCUAAACAACACUCUGAUACUGUAAAUUAAUCUAUAAAUAUAUAUAUACACUAUGUGUGAGCGUGGGUGUGCGGGUGUGUUUAUAUGAUGUUUGGUACACUGUUACUUGUCAUUGGAUUGGCUUGGUUAGACUUUUUCCAUGCACUUUCAAUACCUGUGAUAAGAUGGAUACUGUAUAUUAAUGUAAUAACAAUAUAACUGGAUCAUGCCAUUUUAGAUACUGGACAAAAUGACUCUACCUCUAGUUGUAAAGGUAAAAAAGACAAUGGGAAACAUAUGGAUGUGGCUCUAACUUUAGGAGCAAGAAUUGUUCUUUCGUUCUUCCAGGAAUUUGGGUACCAGAAACCUAUUAACUUACCCAGGUUCAGUUCCUGACUGGUGCUGACUGUGUAAAUUCCUAUUUGAUUUUGGUUUGGUACUUAAACUACACGUAAUAUAAAACAAACUUUGGGGAAAAGGAAAGACACAAAAGGGAAGAAGAGGAAGAUAUUGCGGAAUAGUUGCUAUUUGUGAAAAAAAAAAACAACACACCAUCCACUUGUUUGCCACUGGCAGCACAAAGUGCUUUUUAUGUAAGAUCACUUUGGAGCCUGCUUUGGGAUGCUCUGAGCCAGCCUGCUCUUAGGUGUGUGUGCAUGUGUGGUUUUCUUAUGCCAGGGUCCCUGUAGCAUUGAGGCUAAGAAGCUCUUCAGAUCUGUUCCCCUAUUUUCAGGGGUUUAUCAUGGGUCAUUAAGAUGAAUUAUGGGAUCCUGCCCCUUCCUCUCACCCUUAAUUUUAAAAAUCUCAAGGCACACGUUUCAGUUCUUACAAAAAAAAAAAAAAGAAAAAAAAGGCACGAAGUAUCCCACUUUGUGGGGAGGAGGAGUAGCCCUUGAAAUUAUAUGUUGAGUUGCUUUCCCACCCUAGACACACCACCCUACUUUCAGAUGGCAUUUUGUGGGCAAGCUGUGGAAAGGACUAGGGGAGUCCUGACACAGGGGUGGAGAGAAGCCUGGUGUGGAGUUACUUGUACCUGUAGGGCAGUAAAAAGAGCUUGGUCUUGCAGAAGUUGCCAGUCCAGAUCGAGUACACACAUCUGUGUAAAGCUCUGAACAGGGAACACAUCCUGAUUUAGAUGAGCAGUUGUGCAGGUGCUUAACUUUAAAUGUGUACUGUGGCUGCUCAUAGAAGUCAGUGGGACAGAACAUAAGCUUUAAAGUUUGAGUGUAUGCUUAAAUGCUGCCUUAAAUAGGGAUGGACUUCAACAUGUGCCUGUGUUCUCCUGAGCUGGAUCUGCAUACUGUAGGGCUAGGACCUUUUUAAUUAAUAAUGUAGUUUAUAUAAUGAGCUUAUGAAAUUGUUUUGGUAGUUGAAUGCUUAAAAAAAAAUUAUUCCGUGCACUUUUUUAAAAGUAAAAAUUCCACACUUUUAAUUCACACUGGCACAGAAAAAUCAGGCCCAAGUAUCUGGCUUUCCCCGAUGCAUAGAGAUGUUUCUUCUAUUGAAUACACUUCCCAAAAGAAUGUUACAGUAGCAAUGACUGUGCUUUUUGGUGUAUUUCUUGCUGUUGGCAGUGUCUUGCCCCUAGUAUUCUCUUGAUGUAUCUUGGUGUGUAUAUGUGAUGCAUUUUUCCUGAAUUUGAAUACAUACAAUAUGUAUUCAAUUAUGGAUGUAAAAAAAUAUAUAUUUUUCUUCAA